AUGGCCAGCAAGUCGAACCAGCCCAAGGGCAUCCUGAAGGACUCUGUUGCGCUUCCCAACGAGCCCAAGCAGAGCGCGCGCGAAAUCGCCAUCCACCAUGCCACGCUCCUGGAACACAGAAAGCAGCUUGAAAGCCAGAUCCUCGACAGCUUAAUCCUUUUAUCAGAGUACCCUCUCGUCAGGGAAACCCCAUACAACGCUUCAGAUCCUGCACCGUCCGAUGUCUCAGACUUCAAGGCCAACGUCCGGCUCUUCCAACCCUCCGACUACGAUGACCUCAUCGAGGAGCGCAACGUGAAUGAACUGUGCGGCUACACGCUGUGCCCCAAACCAAGACGUCAAACCGGCUCGGGUGGGGAAUGGAAGCUCACAAAUAGCGGCGAAAUCGUCAAGCGCAAGGAGCUGGAGAAGUGGUGCUCCCAGCAGUGUGCGCGCAGAGCCCUCUUUGUCAAGGUUCAGCUCAAUGAGACGGCUGCUUGGGAGCGAGCUGGAAUUCCCGACAUCCAGAUUGAUCUCUUGGAUGAAGACAAGUCAGCAGAAACGGAGGCAGAUCGAACAGCCCGCAAGCUCGGCGAACUCAAGCUGGAAGACCAACGGCAGGCGGCUCGAGACUCGGCUGCCCUAGCAAUGGAAAGAGGCGACAACAGGAUCGGCUCUUCCUUGGACAAGGUCAAGGUUACGUUGAAGGAAAAGGACGUCAAGACGCCUGCUGAGAUGGUUCCUCCGGCCGGAGCUGAUAACUCAGAGGAUCAUUUACUCAUUGACGGCUUUAAAGCAAAACUGCCCGAGAAGCAGACAAGGGAAUCUGAAGUCUAA